CCUCUCACUUGAACGACGGAUGCUUGUCUCCCUCGUAUUUCCAAAAAUUCCAACAGCUACCCCUCUUCUCCCCUCUGCUUUUAUCGCCCCUCGACGGACUUCCCAAAGUACCCCUCCCUUGUAUAAAAAUCCCCUCCAAUACCCUAGCUCUCUAUCUUCUCUCCACGAAAUGGCUCUAACUCCUCCAUCUCUCUCCUCUUCAAGCUCAUCUCUCCUCCAAAAACCCUUCCUUUCUUCCAAAAUCCCAUCCCUGUCCUCUGCCACCUCAUCAGCACUCCCUUCCCUCAAAUCUCGCCAUCUGACCGUCCGUUGCUCGACCGCCGUUGCCCCGUCGGCAACGACGAAGGCCGUGAAGGCGCACACGGUGAAAUCCGUGAAGGCGAGGCAGAUCAUCGACAGCAGGGGGAAUCCGACGGUCGAGGUCGAUCUCGUGACUGACGAUCUCUACCGAUCGGCGGUGCCCAGUGGGGCGUCGACCGGGAUCUAUGAGGCCUUGGAGCUGAGGGAUGGCGACAAGAGCGUCUACGGUGGGAAUGGCGUCCUCAACGCUGUGAAGAACAUCAACGAGCUCUUGGCGCCGAGGCUGAUUGGUGUUGAUGUCAGGAAUCAAGCUGAUGUUGAUGCCAUUAUGCUUGAGUUUGAUGGAACCCCAAACAAAUCAAAACUAGGGGCCAACGCCAUUCUUGGAGUAUCAUUAAGUGUAUGUAGGGCCGGUGCAGGAGCAAAGGGAGUACCUCUCUACAAGCACAUUCAGGAAUUAGCUGGAACGAAGGAGCUUGUGAUGCCAGUUCCAGCAUUCAAUGUGAUAAACGGGGGCAGUCAUGCGGGCAAUAAUCUGGCCAUGCAAGAGUUUAUGAUAUUGCCAGUUGGUGCUACUUCAUUUGCUGAGGCUCUGCGUAUGGGUAGUGAAGUAUAUCAUAUCCUAAAGGGUAUCAUCAAGGCCAAAUAUGGGCAAGAUGCAUGCAAUGUCGGAGAUGAAGGUGGCUUUGCUCCUAAUGUUCAGGAUAACAGGGAGGGGCUGGUUUUGCUUAUUGAUGCGAUCGAAAAGGCUGGUUAUACUGGCAAGAUCAAGAUCGGGAUGGAUGUGGCCGCUUCAGAGUUCUUCACUAAAGAUGGCAGAUAUGAUCUGGAUUUCAAGAAGCAGCCAAACGAUGGGGCUCAUGUGCACACAGCUCACAGCCUCGGUGAGCUAUACAAAGAGUUUGUCAGAGACUUUCCAAUUGUGUCCAUUGAAGAUCCCUUUGAUCAAGAUGAUUGGAGCUCAUGGGCAUCACUACAGUCCUCAGUUGAUAUACAACUAGUGGGAGAUGAUUUGUUGGUAACAAAUCCAAAGCGGAUUGCGGAGGCAAUUCAGAAGAAGUCUUGUAAUGGUUUGUUAUUAAAGGUUAACCAGAUUGGAACAGUUACAGAAUCCAUACAAGCAGCUCUUGACUCAAAAGCUGCAGGAUGGGGUGUGAUGGUGAGCCACCGCAGUGGUGAGACAGAGGAUAAUUUUAUUGCUGAUCUAUCCGUUGGCCUAGCAAGCGGACAGAUCAAAACAGGAGCUCCUUGCCGUAGUGAGCGGCUGGCCAAGUACAAUCAGCUUUUGCGUAUCGAAGAGGAGCUUGGGAAUGUCCGCUAUGCUGGUGAAGCUUUCAGAUCCCCGUAGAAAGAUUUGAGCAAAUUUAAUGUUGUUAAUGGAAAUAAGAUUGGAUCGAAGGUAUGUUUAGCAAGAAAGUAAGAAUAUUUUUGUAGUAGUCAGCUUAGAUGCAAUUACAAGGGGCAUCUGUUGAUUUGAGAGUGUCAGCUGUUAGGUUCUGUAUUUGCGGAAUAAUUGAUUCUAUCAAAAAUGGGAAAUCUUGUUCAUGUAUCUCUGCUUAAAUGUAUCCAAAUCCAUUCUUGGGCCAAGAUGCAAUUCUGCCUAUGUAACUCUCAAGCUUUCUGUGAAUUUUAUUUGAUGGAUAAGCAACAUCUAAUGAGGGAUUGAGUUUUAGUUUGCUA